AUGAGACAUCUCCCCAAUGACUAUCUAUCUAUCUAUCUAUCUAUCUAUCUAUCUAUCUAUCUAUCUAUCUAUCAUCAGUUGUUAAGAACGACACAGACGACAAAUAUGAGACAUCCAAUUCCCAGUGACCAUCUAUCUAUCUAUCUAUCUAUCUAUCUAUCUAUCUAUCUAUCUAUCUAUCUAGGUUUGUUCAUAUCUAUCUAUCUAUCUAUCUAUCAGUUGUUAAGAACGACACAGACGACAAAUAUGAGACAUCCAAUUCCCAGUGACCAUCUAUCUAUCUAUCUAUCUAUCUAUCUAUCUAUCUAUCUAUCUAUCUAUCUAUCUAUCUAUGUUUGUUCAUAUCUAUCUAUCUAUCUAUCUAUCUAUCUAUCUAUCUAUCUAUCUAUCUAUCUAUCUAUCUAUCAGUUGUUAAGAACGACACAGACGACAAAUAUGAGACAUCCAAUUCCCAGUGACCAUCUAUCUAUCUAUCUAUCUAUCUAUCUAUCUAUCUAUCUAUCUAUCUAUCUAUAUUUCUCUUUCAUUAUUUUAUAUCUACUAAUUAUCAAUCUAUACAGGGCAUCUACAAUUGGCGGGUCUGUGCAGGGAGUAUUUUUGCCCACCUCACAGUACCAGUAG